AUGGUGUCCAACAACACACGACCCUUCUCCUCGGGUUGUGCUUCUGUCAGAACCGUGACCGUGGAUGUGGCCUUCUCGUACCUUUACUUCUUCUUGUUCCCCGUUGCGCUACUGCUCAACGGGGUGGCGGCGUGGGUGUCUCUGCACCUCCCUUCCACCUCUACCUUCAUAGUGUAUCUCAAAAACCUGGUGGUUGCAGACCUGCUCAUGACGCUGGCGCUCCCGCCGAUGGCCGCCAGCAUGCUGCCUGGAGCAGCGGUUGCGUUAAGGGCGUUCGACUGCCGGUACUCUAGUGUCCUUUUCUACUGCAGCAUGUACACAAGUAUUACUUUAUUGGGUCUUAUCAGCCUUGACCGCUUCUUCAAAAUAGUUAGACCAUGCGGAAUGUUGUUGGGACAAAACGUGGUCGUCAGUCUUGUGAUAUCCACCUUGGUUUGGAUGGUGGUAUUUGGCAGUACAUUCAUCCCAACUGUCAUUCUAACAGACAAGGAUCCUGUUAAUAAAACAGCUGAUUUCUGUAUGUCCCUGAAGGGUCCAGCAGGUGUGACUCUUGAGAAAUUUGUGGUUCUCGCUAUGGAGUGUCUUUUCUGGCUCGUCACCUUAGUGAUUGUGUUUUGCUACAUCUGCAUCACCCUGAAAGUCCUGCAGUCCUUCAGAAACUCUGGGAGCAACAACCGCCACGGAAAGCAGAGGACCAAGCUACGAGUCUUCCUCAUCCUUCUUGUGUUUUUUGUGUGCUUUGUGCCUCUUCACGUGAUGCGUGUUCCUUUAACGUUGUAUGAAACUGCUGACACUGUUGUGUGUGUUAAAAUGUGGGUAAAAAUAAUGUAUAAAUUGGUCCUGUGGCUCUCCGCCACUAACGCCUGCCUGGACCCUCUUGUCUCCAUCUACCUGUGCAGGGAGUUCAGAGAUAAACUGGUUGACAUGAUGAAAGCUAGAGGGAUCUGUGUCGGGUUACAUUCAGGUCAGAAGGAAGGUGUUUAACAGUAGAAAGGAGAAACAUCAGUCAUCAAAAUAAGUUUAUUUGAGAUAAAUAAGAUGUUCUUUGUUGCAAAUGAGGCUGUUAUUUUUAAUGUUAGUUUAUUUUAUGGAAGCGAGAUAACCUUAGCAGUGUGGUCUUACAGCAACUUUUGAUCUUUAAAUGUUAUUUUGUACUGCCCUCUAGUGGUGUGUUAACAGUUAUCAUCUCGCUGUAGGUCCAUUAAGAGACACAAAGAAGAACCUUAUUCAAACACAACAUAUGAUAAACAUGAUGUCAAUUUUAUUGCUAAACGUACAGCAGGAUAAAUACACCACAUGUAUUAUUC